CUCGGGCGUAGCUCCUGAGAGGCGGCCGGGGGAGCCACGACGGGUCGGGGCGGUGGCGGAGGCUCUUCCGGGCGGAGGGAGCGCAUAUAAGGGCGGUGGUUCUGCGGCCGCGCCUCUUCCGGCACCCCUCAGAGCCGCCAUGACGAAGAAGAGGAGGAACAACGGGCGGGCGAAGAAGGGCCGUGGGCACGUGCAGCCCAUCCGCUGCACCAACUGCGCCCGCUGCGUCCCCAAGGACAAGGCCAUCAAGAAGUUCGUCAUCAGGAACAUCGUGGAGGCUGCAGCCGUCAGGGACAUCUCGGAGGCCAGUGUGUUCGACUCCUACGUGCUGCCCAAGCUGUACGUGAAGCUGCACUACUGCGUGAGCUGCGCCAUCCACAGCAAGGUGGUCCGGAACCGCUCCCGGGAGGCCCGCAAGGACCGCACGCCCCCGCCCCGCUUCCGCCCUGCCGGUGCAGCCCCCCGGCCGCCCCCCAAGCCCAUGUGAGGAGACUCUGCCCAGAUGUGGCCCUGGGACCCCCAAGCUCAGACUCAAUAAAGGGUCCUGCUCCGGC